AUGACUGCACCAUCUGUGCGGACUUUGAUGCUUCACGAACAUCACGGAAUGAGCUUACUGGAGAAGCAACAAAUUCGUGUACCGCCGUUUGGUGUAGCGUCGGAUACUGACGAAGUUUUUGAGGCAGCUAAAAAGAUCGGUGGCAAGGAUUAUGUGGUGAAAGCGCAAAUUCUUGCGGGUGGCCGAGGCAAAGGCUAUUUCGAUACAGGUCUUCAAGGCGGAGUUCAAGUUGUAUUCACGCCAGAUGAAGCGCGUGAGAAGGCGAGUUUGAUGUUGGGUUCGCAUCUGAUAACGAAACAAACAUCGACUCGUGGCAACCUGUGUGAAAAAGUAAUGGUCUGUAAACGACUGUUCACCCGACGUGAAUAUUACUUCUCGAUUACACUCGACCGUAAAUUUGCUGGUCCAGUUAUAGUUGCUUCAUCGCGUGGUGGUGUUAAUAUCGAAGAGGUUGCCGCCACUGAUCCUAACGCAAUUGUCACCCUACCGAUCAGUAUCACUCAAGGCUUGACCGAGGAAAACGCAAUUGAAGUUGCCGAUAAACUCGGAUUCCAGGGUGACUGCAAAGCGCAAGCAAUUGACAUAUUCAGAAAAUUGUAUGAACUGUUUGUGAAAAGUGAUGCCACCCUCUUGGAAAUCAAUCCAAUGGCAGAGGACGUUAGCGGAGAUGUAUAUUGUAUGGAUUGCAAACUGUUGGUUGACACGAAUGCUGCGUACCGUCAACAAGAGCUGUUCGGUUUGGAAGACAAAAGUCAAGAAGAUGAACUGGAGAUGCGUGCAGCUGCCGCGAAUCUGAACUACAUUCGAUUGGAAGGCGACAUCGGAUGUCUUGUGAACGGUGCUGGUCUGGCAAUGGCCACAAUGGAUAUCAUCAAAUUACACGGCGGCGAGCCAGCAAACUUUCUUGACGUGGGUGGAGGUGCCACGGUGCAACAAGUCACCGAAGCUUUCAGAAUCAUCACAGACGACAAACAUAAGGUGCAUGCCAUUUUGGUGAACAUCUUCGGUGGCAUCAUGCGUUGUGAUGUAAUCGCGCAAGGUAUCAUUAAUGCAGCACGUGAACUGCACCUUCGAAUUCCUAUUGUUGUUCGUCUACAAGGAACAAAAGUUGACGAUGCGAAGGCACUAAUCGCACAAUCCGAAAUGCGAAUAUUGGCUUGUGAUAAUUUGGACGAGGCUGCACGAUUGGUCGUCAAGUUAUCCUCGAUUGUCGAGUUGGCACGUGCCGCUUCAGUUGAUGUCAAAUUUGAAUUGUCAAUUUGA